CUCAUGCCAGGAGAAAGUCAGUGAACAUUUUUACUUACAACAUUACAUACUUAGUAUUUUAUGAGUUCUUUCAACUUCAUUCCGAAGGAGACAGUUGACCAUGGGGCAUUUAAUGUCUGGCAUGCAGCCGUGUACAGGGGACCAUCUGAUAGGAGUGACCUCUGGCCCCAGGAGACAAGGAGAGGUUGACGGAGGUGGAGCAGGAGGAGGAGAAGGAAAUGAAGAUGAGUCUUCACUGUGCUCCGAUCUACCCACUGCCUGAAGAAAUAAAAAAGAUGGAGCGUAGUGAGACGGUGUGCCGUUACUGUGGCGUAAGCUACCUCAUUUUCCACGAGUUCCAUCAGCUCCACACCCGACUGGCUCAGUUCGAGGCUGAGCUCCAGGAGCUGAGAGAGACCGCCCAGCGAGAGAAGGCCCAGCGAGAGGCACUGGAGCUGGGCAGGCUGGAGUGGGAGAGGGCACUUCACCUAGAGGUGCAGAGGCAGGCACUGGAGAGAGAGAAACUCAUGCGAGAAGAGCUAGAAGAGAGAAACAAAGACACGGAGAGAGCUCUGAGAGAGGAGUUUGAACAAAAGAAUGAGAGAAAGAGAAGAGAUAUGAAGGAGGAGUAUCAAAAAAUCCAUGAUGAAACAGAGAGACAACUUAGGAGAGAGCUGGGAGACUUAGAGGCAGAGAGACUGAGGAAGCAGAGAGAUGAACUGGAGAGAAGGACCGAGGAGAGAGAGACAGCUCUGAGUGACGCACUUCAAAAGGCCAAUAAAAUUGUAGCUGAGCUGAGAAAAUACCUCCAACAGCUGGAAGAGAGGCUGGCGCUAGCAGCUUCUGCGAAGGAGGAGGCAGAGCGGUUACUUGGAAAAGAGAAGCAGCAAGGUGAAAUUCUCAGAUGUGCGUGUGUGCGGCAGCAGCAGGCCCUGCGAGCCACUCUCUCCAUGCUCCACUCCUCUGCCAGUGAGCUUGCAGAUGUACGGGGUUUCCUCAGCCAGCUGAUGGAGGCGUGGCAGGCCUUCAGAUCUGAAAUACUGCAGUACAGCACACAGGUGUUCUCAGUGCUAAUAGAGGAGCUGAAGCAUUCCAGUGUGGCGUUUCAGAAAAUGAGAGAAGAGAAAGAGCACCUAACUCAGCAGCUGAUGGAGCAGAAGAGACAGAGAGAGGAGCAGCUGUACCAACAGAAAGAAUCAGAGAAAGAGCAGAGAGAAAAUCUCCUCAGGUUAAAAGGGGAGUCGGAGGAAAAAGAUGACAGGUGGUUGUCAUGCCAACAAAGGUGCCACACCCUGCAGGAGCAGCUGUCGUCAUGGCAGCAGAGAGAGGGGCAAACAAACAGGAAGUACCGUGCAGCUGAAGAGGAAGUGACACGACUGAGGGAAGCUCUGGAGAAGGUCCAGCAGGAAAUGAGAGAGCUGAGGAGAGAAAGGGAACUAUUGAUAGAGUCCCAUGGCAGAGCCCUGACCAAGUUGGAGGAAGACUGCAGACAGCAAAUGGCCUCAAAACUGGCUACAGCCCUGGAGGAGCAUAGAACCCAGAAUGCAUUGCACCUGAGGGAGCAGAUGGAGGAGCUUUGCAGGGAGGUGGAGUUAGUGCGGACAACUGACAAGGAGAAGAACCAACUGCUGCUUCUGCAGUACCAGCGAAACAGCACACAGCUUCAGCAGAAGAUGGAGGAGAGAGAGCAGGAGCUACGAGAACUGCAAGACGAGCUGCAGGAGGAGAGGAGGAGGAGAGAGGAGACACACCAGGAGCUGCAUCGUUGCCAACAGCAGGAGGCACUACAGCUGAGCCAAGCUAAAGCUGAACUACAGCUGAUGACUGAGAGGAAUGCUGAACAGCAAGAAGAGGUGGCGUUACUCCAGGAGACAGUAAGAAGGGAGUGUGAGGAGAGGGAGGAACUGACUGCUGCUCUGUGUCAAGCUCAGGAGGAGCUCCUUGGGCUGCGAUCCCUAGCGUCUCAUCAGGGCUUCUCCAGGUCUCCUCCAAACCCCAUGGAGAGAAACCCAGGGAACAAGCAUUUCCAUCUGCAUAGUCAAGCCCGGGUACCUCUCACUCGCUCGUCAACCCCCCCGAACACACUCCGACUCUCCCCUGCCUGCGCAGACAAAGACAGAGGCCAGGGCACAGAUGGAGGAGGUGCAGGGAGGAGUUUGGAGUCCUGGAAUCGCGGUGUGGUGUUAGGAGGAGGGAAAAGGGGAGAGGGGACACUGCCCAGACUGAAGCAGCACAGGGAGCGAAGUCAAAUGUAAGGACAAUUUCAUGAUGGAGAGAAAGGAGAGACUGUAGAAAGCAAUCAGUUGUUGUGCCUGUUCAAAAUAAAACAUAAUUUUAGUGUUUUUUAA